UGUGGUAGGAGCACGUAAGCGCACGCCCAGUUGACAGGGUCAGCUUCGUCCGAGGGAAAUGGCAACUGCACUAAGACAGUCUGCAAAGUACGGUCUCUUGGGGAGACUGGCGCCGUUUGUUGUCCCGACGUCUGUCCACGGUCGAAAUGGGAUCAGUCGCACCGCCUUGCCCUACCUCAUGUCAAAUCAGAGGCAUUCGUCGUCUGGCACAAAAAUUAAAGUGGACCUAGACGGCAGCACUGGGAUCGCAGUGAUGAGGUUACAGAGUCCCCCGGUGAACAGUCUCAGUCUAGACUUCUUGACUGAGUUUGCCAUCAACAUGGAGAAACUGGAGCUGGACAAGAGCUGCAGGGGCUUGGUCAUCACCUCUGCCCUGCCAAAGAUCUUCUCCGCGGGCCUGGACAUCCUGGAGAUGUACGGCAAGAGUCCGGAACACUGCGGAGAGUUCUGGAAGGCUGUUCAGGAGAUGUGGCUGAAGCUGUACGGCUCCAACAUGGUGACAAUAGCUGCUGUAAACGGCUCCAGUCCGGCGGGGGGCUGCCUGAUGGCUUUAGCAUGUGACUACAGGAUAAUGGCUGAAAACCCCCGCUACGGCAUCGGCCUCAACGAAACCCAGCUGGGAAUUGUGGCGCCCUUCUGGUUUAAGGACACAAUGGCGAACACAGUGGGACACCGGACCACGGAGCUGGCACUGCAGCUGGGACUCCUGUAUAGCGCCCCGGAUGCUUUGCGAAUCGGCCUGGUGGACCAGCUGGUGCCGGAGGACCAGGUCGUGAGCACUGCCAUGGAGACCAUGGCCAAGUGGUUUGCUAUCCCAGACCAUGCCCGUCAGAUCACCAAGUCCAUGAUGAGGAAGCCGACCAUCGACAAGAUGGUCUCCAACAGGGAGUCUGAUAUCAACAACUUUGUCAGCUUCAUCACCAGGGACUCCAUCCAGAAGUCUCUCCGAAUGUACAUGGAGAGUCUGAGGAAGAGGAAGGCGUGAGACUAGGGUGUGAAGAGGCAAUGGAGAUUGUGGUGAUGAUGAUGAUAUGGUUGCUGCUGCCACCGGUGCAGUGCGAGCGGCUCCUGGCCUGUCUGUUAAACUUUCAUUCUGGUAUCUGCUUUUACUGUGAAAAUGGCCGUUUCCUUUUAGGAAGGAAAAGCUCUCACUCACUUUUGUACUAAUGAACCGAAACGCCUUCGUUCUCUCUGAAGGUCACAUUAUAGAGAUGUUUUGUUUGGAUUCUCACUGUUUGCAAGUAAAAAAAACAAAAACA